CCAAAUAUCCGUGGACUGAAGAUUUGGCUUCUCUUCCCAACAAUAGGCAAGCAGUAGAAGCUACAUUUCUCAGGACAGAAAAACAGUUGGCAAAGGAUCCAGAGUGGAGAUUGGCCUAUGCUUCACAAGUCCGUGAAAUGGUUGAUCGCAAAGCUGCAGUGAAACUGUCCAAAGAAGUACUACAAGAAUGGACUGGGCCAGUGUGGUAUAUAAGUCAUCUGAUUGCACUAAAUCCACAUUCCAUAUCUACUCCAGUGAGGCUAGUGUGGAACAGUAGCCAGAAGUACAGAGGUCUGAGCUUAAAUGACAUGCUGAUUAAAGGCCCUGAUGUUUUAAAUCCAAUUAGAGCUGUCCUGCUGAGGUUCCGGGCGGGUGUCUUUGCUGCUCUUGGUGACCUGUAUAGCUCAAGUUGCCAUGCGGGAGACUGCUAGCCUACCCCCAUUCACAAAAUUCAAAGAGGAGAAACGUGUGCUGGAGGAAGAUGUCUAUGUCGAUGACAUCCUGACAUCUCACAACAACCUUGACCACCUGAAACUCCUCACAUCCAACAUCGAGCAGAUCCUUAAAGCUGGAGGAUUUUUCAUGAAGCCCUGGGUCUACUCCAGUCAAAGUGAGAGGGAGGAGUCAAAGGAAGUUAACAUGGAGUUAAAGACCAUGAUCUUGCCUAACCAGCUCACUGAAAAAGAUAACAAAGCCCUUGGUCUGGGUUACACCGCUGAAGACGACAAGUUGCAUGUCAUGGUUGCGGUGAACUUUUCCAAGAGGAAGAAGAAAAUGCGCCUUGGACAAGACCUGCUGAGAGAAGAAGUAAAAGGACAAACCCCAGAUCCUCUUACCAGAAGAGAACUGUUAAGUCAAAUCUCUGCCCUCUAUGAUCCACUUGGUCUUGUGGCUCCUGCAAAGCAAAAGGGAGCUAUUCUGGUUCGAAGGGCUUUUCAAGAAGCAAAGCUAAUGUAUUGCACAAGAGACACGUGGGAUGCUGCUCUGUCUAAGGAGCUCCGAGAAGAUGCCAUAAAGCUGCUAGAGGAAUAUGCUGACUUGAGCCAACUCAGAUUCAUCAGAUCCCUGACUCCCCCAGACCCGCAUGCAAGUCCAAUUGGCAUCACAUUUAUUUUCUGAUGGCAGUGAGCAUGCAUAUGGUGCUGUGUUGUACCUACGAUGGAAUGGUAC